UGAGUUGUGGAUGAGUGGAACUCAUCUUGUGUAGCUUUAAAAAUAGCUUCAACAAGUACAUGUGUGAGUUAUACCUUAACUUAGUCCAGCAGUGCUGCUCCUUCCUCCUGAAGUUUCCCAUUAACUGAAGAAUUGAACAAAAGUAGAAACCAUGAAGUACUGUAGCACCCGAGGACUAGAGACUGGACUGUCUUUUGAAGAUGUCUUAUUCUCAGGAUAUGCAAGAGAUGGUGGGUUGUACAUGCCUGAAACAAUCCCAGAGCUGAGCAAAUCACACUUAGAGCAGUGGUGUAAUUAUUCCUACCCAGAGCUGGUAUAUGCCAUUGCACGCAAGUUUAUCGAUGAGCAGGAAAUUUCAGACAAAUCCUUAGACAAUGUCAUUAAGACUAGCCUAACAAGGUUCAGAGUUCCAGAAAUUGUACGCAUCAAGCAUUUACCGGAUGGACUCAAUGUUGUGGAGCUCUUCCAUGGCCCAACUCUGGCAUUCAAAGACUUAGGUAUGUCUGUUGUAGCCGGAUUACUGAACUAUUUUCUCAGCAAGAACGGACAGCACUGCACAGUUCUUGUUGCUACAUCUGGUGACACUGGUAGUGCAGCCAUUGAAAGUGUACGAGGACAAGAUUGUAUAGACAUCAUUGUGCUCCUGCCUCAUGGACUUUGCACACCUAUUCAGGAGCUACAGAUGACUACAGUUAUUGAGGAUAAUGUUCAUGUCUUUUGUGCUGAAGGAAACUCUGAUGAAUUAGACAAGCCAAUCAAGCAGUGCUUUGCUGAGGAGAAGUUAGUUUCCACUCACAAUCUCAUCUCUCUUAAUUCCAUCAACUGGGGUCGUAUCUUGGUACAGGCAGCUCAUUACUUCUUCGCUUACUACCAGGUGUGUGGUAGUGUAGGCAAGCCUGUUCAAGUGGUAGUACCUACUGGAGCUGCAGGCAACAUUACAGCUGGUUGUCUGGCACAGAAAAUGGGUCUUCCUAUAACACUGGUAGCUGGAGUUAAUGUCAAUAACAGUGUAGAGAGAGUCAUAGAGAAGGGAGUCUUCUCACAAAAGGAACAAGUUCAUCAGACACUAGCCUCUGCCAUGGAUAUACAGGUGGCUUUUAAUGUAGAGAGGCUGGUGUAUAUGUAUGCUAGUAGUGAAACAACUAGAGUUAAGGAAAUUAUGGAUAUAUUUGACAAGGAAGGCAGUGUUGCCAUACCCCAGAAUAUAAUGGACUCCUUAAAGAAGGUCAUUGUUGAGUCCUUUGUAGUUGAUGAUGACAAAAUAGUUGAAACGAUGCAGAGAAUACACGAACAACAUAAUUAUAUAGUGUGUCCACACACUGCAGUUGCUGCCACUUAUCACUACCAACGGAAGCAAGAUGUGCCCCAUGGUUACAUUGCUACAGCAUCCCCAGCUAAGUUUCCUGAGGCAGUGCAAAGGGCAGGAGCAGAGCCAGUAACUGAAGGAAUUGAUCACCUCAAAGAUCUUCCUACCAAAUUCCAGUGGAUGAAGAAAGGAGAAGACUGGUACUCUAUUCUUCUUGCAAAAAUUGAAGCUGUAACUCUAGGCAGGAAAACCAGAGGACCACAGAAAUCAACAAUGAAACUCUUCAGGAGGAGAGGAGUGUACCAACACCUGUAUAUCAUCUUCCUGUUAGGUCUUGCCAUGUACUACGUGUACAGGAAGAGCGAACACCAUGACUGGAGCGCAGUGAGGAAGAAAUUAGAAAGCAUAAAGGACAAGCAUGGAGGAAUUUUAGGCUCGAGAGAUAGAGAGGAAGAAUUCAGUGAAUAUAUAAAUGCAUUCCCUGACUCUGGAAUUAUGGUAGGUCAGCAGCAGCAACAGGUGGAUUGGCACAACCACACACAAGAAGCUCUGGACAGGGCCAGGAAAGGUCCUGGUGAGCAAGGUGUGGCACAUUUCCUUCCAUCUGGUGUUGAGAAGAAAAAAGAUGCCCUCUACUACACCAAUGGCUUUAACGCUCUGCUCAGUGAUGAUCUCGCUUUAGAUCGAUCACUUAGAGACAUCCGUCAUCCCAAGUGCAAGACAAAACUUUAUAGUGCCAGACUGCCAACGGUAAGUGUGGUGAUUCCCAUUUUUGAGGAACAUUGGACCACCCUCUUACGCACGGUUGUCUCCGUCAUAAACCGUUCUCCUCAGAAACUUCUGAAGGAAAUCAUCCUAGUUGAUGAUGGCAGUACUAUUAAGGGUGAGUCAUGCCCCCACUGUAAUCUGUUUUAUCUCCCUUUAGCUUAUUCAGCAGUAUUUUUUAUAUUUAUGCCCAUCAUACAUAUAUUUAUGUUAAACUGCAUUACAGACCAUGACAUUGUGUUGCAGAUUUGGCAGUGUGGUGGAAGGAUGCUUGAUGCACCGUGCAGUAGGGUUGGCCAUGUCUUCAGAGCUGCCCCUGAAGGUCGACCAUCUGUCAAGGGUGACUUCCUUAGUAAGAAUUAUAAGCGUGUGGCAGAAGUAUGGAUGGAUGAGUAUGCUGAGGCUUUAUACCGCAGAAACCACCAUCUGAGGAAAGUGGACCCUGGGGAUAUCUCCAGAGAACUAGCGAUACGUAAACGUCUUAAAUGCAAAAGCUUUAAGUGGUACUUGGAGAAUGUGGCUCCUGACUUGUUGGAAAAAUACCCACCAGUUGAGCCACCAGACUAUGCUAAUGGAACAAUUAAGAGUGUGGCAUCUCCAACAUUAUGUUUGGACAAUGGAUCAAGAGAAUAUGGCAGCAUCAUCAUGUAUGGCUGCCAUGGUGGAGAUAGUCAGUACUUCUCAUUGAGCUGGCAUAAGACAAUCAAGGUACAGAAUGAGCAAUUCUGUUGGAUGGUGCCCCAUGCCUUGGGUAAUGCACCAUCCACUUACAACUGCGAGAACACACAGCACGUACCUUCCCAGACCUGGAGAUAUGACCCUGAGACCCAACAGAUCGAAUCUGAAAGCCACAGAUGGUGUGUGGAAGCUGUAGUUAUAUCCAACGCAGUGCAGAUGGCAGAAUGUGACAACACCAAGCGUGAACAGAAGUGGAUCUUUAACUUCAUCAAUACCAAGCUUAUCCAGGACCAGUUUUUCCCCUUUCCUAGGACUAGGGAAGCCCUUUGAAGAGAUUAGAGAGAGAGAGAGAUAAGUGGGGCAAAGUGAUAAAGAUGGGAAAGAAUAGGAAAUGAUACAAAGAUGGAAGUUUCAGCUGAUGUAUUGUUAUUCUAAAUACAGUAUUAUAUAUAAUUUAAACAGCAGUUAUUAUUGCAGAGUUUAUAUAAUUAUUUAUACUGGAAUAUAUUGUUUAUUUAUUAUUUACAGUAUCAUCAUAUAUAUACAUAUAAACAUCUCUUAAUAAUAAUGCUUUAUCUGUAAAGUGUUAAUUGAUAUAUUUCAAGUAAUAAGUGCAUCACUUAUUCUCAACUAUUCCCAUGAUGUUCAUGCAGACUUAAAAUUUCACAAGAAAUGUUUAUUCCUAUUUCAUUUGUAAUAAAAAUACACCAAAAUAAGUUGCUUACAUGAAAAGUACCAGAGUUGGCAUUCAUUGUUAUUUCUGGUACAAAAUUAUUAUUAAUAUGUUAUUUUUUUUAUUUAUUAACACAUUGGCCAUUUCCCACGAAGGCAGGGUGGCCCGAAAAAGAAAAACUUUCAUCAUCAUUCACUCCAUCACUGUCUUGCCAGAGGCAUGCUUACACUAUAGUUUUAAAGCUGCAACAUUAACACCCCUCCUUCAAACUGCCAGCACUGUACUUCCCAUCUCCAGGAAACAAGUCUGGCCUGUCAGUUUCCCUGAAUCCCUUCAUAAAUGUUACCUUGCUUAUACUCCGACAGCAUGUCAAGUCCUGAAAACCACUUGUUUCCAUUUGCUCCUAUCUAACAUGCUCACGCACACUUGCUGGAAGUCCAAGCCCCUCUCACACAAAACCUCCUGUAUCCCCUCCCUCCAACCUUUCCUAGGCCAACCUCUACCCCACCCUCCCUCCUCUACAGAUUUAUGCACUCUCGAAGUCAUUCUGUUUUGUUCCAUCCUCUCUACACGUCCAAACCAUCUCAGUAACACCUCCUCAGCCCUCUGGAUAAUAGUUUUGGUAAUCUCGCACCUCUUCCUAAUCUCCAAACCUCUUUAUUUAAUUUUGUUUUAUCACUGAUAUAAUGAAUGCACUUAUACCUAAGUUAUUAACUAGUCACUAGGGACAUGAAUUACUCUCUUAUCUGUGACCCUUCUGGGUUUAGUGCUUAGUUAUGUUUAUUAUAAUAAUAACUCCCUUAUCUGUAAGUUGCAGAAAUAACCAGAAUGAUUAUUUUUAUAUACAUGGGAGCACUAAACCUAUAGGGGUCAUACAACACCUGGGGAAUCAGAGGUAAUCAGAUUCUAUCCAAGGAAGGGGAAGUCAUGUUCUGUUCCUUGGAUCAAGAGCAUCUCACCUGCAUCAAGGGACCUCCCUUGAUGGCUAUAACAAGAAUUGAAAUUAAAACCUUAUUCUUUUUACAUUUUUACUUAUUUAUUAGUGGAACUGUAUGUGUGAGCCUCCAUACAUCACAUUACUGUAUCUUCUUCUUUCAAUGCACCAGCUGUAUCCCACUGAGGUGGGGUGGCCCAAAAGGAAAAACGAAAGUUUCUCCUUUUAAAUUUAGUACUAUAUACAGGAGAAGGGGUUACUAGCUCCUUGUUCCCGGCAUUUUAGUCGCUUCUUACGACACACAUGGCUUAUGGAGGAAGAAUUCUAUUCAACUUCCCCAUGGAGUACAUUACUGUAUUUUUUUUUUAACAAGUCGGCCAUCUCCCACCGAGGCAGGGUGACCCAAAAAGAAAGAAAAUCCCCAAAAAGAAAACACUUUCAUCAUCAUUCAACACUUUCACCUCACUCACACAUAAGAUAAGAUAAGAUAAGAUUUCGUUCGGAUUUUUAACCCCGGAGGGUUAGCCACCCAGGAUAACCCAAGAAAGUCAGUUCGUCAUCGAGGACUGUCUAACUUAUUUCCAUUGGGGUCCUUAAUCUUGUCCCCCAGGAUGCGACCCACACCAGUCGACUAACACCCAGGUACCUAUUUGCUGCUAGGUGAACAGGACAAUAGGUGUAAGGAAACGUGUCGGAAUUUCCACCCGCCGGGAAUCGAACCCGGGCCCUCCAUGUGUGAAGCGGGAGCUUUAGCCACCAGACCACCGGGCCACACACAGUUUUUGCAGAGGUGCUCAGAAACACAACAGUUUAGAAGCAUAUACAUAUGAAGAUACAUGACAUAUCCCUCCAAACUGCUAUAUCUAUGCUAAAUCAUACAAUGAAAUAAUCAUUUUUACUAUAAUUUAUAUUUCCGUUAUUUUUAUUCACUCACCAAGGUUAUUAUAUACUGCAGAAAUAAUUAGCAAUGGUGCCUUCAGUGCUUAGUUUUUCAAUAUAUUGUAGAUGAAAAUAGGGUGUUUUCUUUAGCACUGUAAGAGAAAUAUGAUACUAUAUAUGUGGGUGAGAGACAGCCAUGACUUAUCACUCACAAAAUUCAGGAGUACAGUCAACAUAAUAGAGAGAUAAUUUAGUAAUUGUAAAGGAACCAAAUCCUUUCAAACAUGAGUUGCCAUUGUAUCCCUAAUUUCAAGAAGAAACUUGACAAAUUCCUUCCAACAAUGCUUGGUCAGACAGGCUGUGAUAUCUACGUCUAGCUGCAUGCAGCCAGCAUUAACAACCUGACUGACCAAGCCAUCAACCAGGAGACCUGGUCUAAGACUGGACCUCUUAGGCAGUAUUCUUAGAGCAGGUGUAGUAUGAAGUAUCUCCAAUUAUUUCCAGUAAAUAUACAUAGUUUGCUGGAAAUAAUGGAUUUGCAGUACUGCUUACAUGCAAUCAAUUUACAGUAGUGUAGUAUUGCAAUAGGUAUUCUUUGUGUACUGUAUCAUGUCAGACUAUUUGCCACAUUUUCCAAUAAAGUCUUGACAUGUAUUAUUCUGACCUACAUCCCUCUAUUGUCCAGGGUGGAACAUAUAAUAUACAUAAUAUAGGGAUGAAUAUAUUUUUUCAGUCUGUUUCAGUUAAAUAUUUCUUAAAGCGCAUCUUUCAUUACCAACCCAAAACAUAAAUUGAGUCUUUCCUGGUCAAUGCCUAACCAUAUCUGCAAUUGUUUUGUUAAUGGAAUUCCUGAAGUCAUUUGCAUGAGAACCUUGGUAAUGUAUUUUUCUUGUUUUUGAUAACCAAAAUGCCUAUGUAAUGUGUCUAACUUAUAGGACCAGGUUAUAUCAGUGUCGGUGAACCACAGCAGUCACAUCAUUCCAAAUGUAACUUCUUGAUAAUAAUGAAUUUAUAACAAGCUGUGAAAUGUAAGUAUUUUGCUUGGGUUCUCAUAAUUGGAAACAGUGAAGCUAUGUGCUGUACAUAGUUUAUUAAAUUGUUUAUUCAGUGACCUUCCCAAGUGAGUGAUUAGAAUGUAUGAACUGUGAAAUGAGCUUUUGUUAUGUACUAUAACUUGUGUUGUAAAUGUUACUGGUGUGUUUUCAUUGAGCCAUUAAAGUUGUUACUGUUUUUA